CAUAAUCAGGCCAGGAGCAAUGCCCCUCUGUGCACGAGCAACAACUAUGUUUAGGCACGCCAGCCAUUUGUCGAGCUGCGGACAACAUAUGCCAAUGCUUGGCAGGCCCCAGAAGUAGUGGGCGAGCACAUAGACAACAAGACUACAUGCUAGCCAGAAAGGGCGGGCACACCCGAGACUAAAGCACCAGGUAUACGAAUGUUUCUGUGCAGGUGAGGACCUUGAGCCAGAUCGAAAUGUAUAUAAGCCCAGAAUAUCCCAAGCCACAAGCACCUUUGCUCGCUCAAACUACUCAGAUCUGUACCACAACAUCCUCUCAAAAAAGAAAAAUGCACACAAUCACUCUCCGAAGUGCUACGGCACUUAUCACGACGUUCUUUGCUCUGUUCCCCGGCCCCGCGCAGGCCAACUUCGACAUCUACAGAACCCAGAUCUACUGGGGUAACAGACCGUCUAUCUCGUGGCAGUUCUGGGAGGCCGAGGCGCCCAACGACUGCAACAAGCUCAUCGCGCAGGGUUUGAGGGACGACAUCAGCGGCAAAGACCCCCUAGACGUGCUCUGGAGCGUUUCGUGCCAGGGCAGUGGCUGCGCUGAAUCCACUCCGCCUGGGGACAUCGACGUGCUGAAGUUGAAGCUCAGUCCUAAUCCGCUUUUGUACUGGACACUGUACAAGGACCGCAACUGGUCCAUGAUUGGUCAGGACGGCAACUCCUACGGAGACUGCAUGGUAUUUCCUCAUGGCGAUGUAGACUGCUGGUAUGGCCCGUACCACAUCCGAUCGCGGCGCAAGUUUCGCUGCCUCACCCGGUUUACGGCGGACAAUAUCAACAAAGGCACCAUGCCGAGUAAGCGUGCUGAGAUCGAGGGGGAGCCGCAAGGUCAGGAGCAGGAGCAGAGAGGGCGAUCGCUCACGUUUGAGGAGCUGAUUGCGAAGCAGUUCGGGACGAGCCCUUCGGGCUUGGUGCCCAAGGCUUAUACUGCAUAGAAGGUUGGUCGUGGCUCAUUCACCAACGUGAGGAGCGUCGCUUCGGGGCAUCGCACGAAUUCUUCGAUGGCUUCAGCAUCAAAAGCGAUAGCAGCAUUUACUGUAUGAAAUGUCAUUAUAGAUUCUUCCCUUCAUAGCCCAGGUUCUAUUUCGUGAUUGACAAACAG